AUGAGUACUCCAUAUUAUGUUCGACAAUGUCAUCUAUCUUGGAUACCUGCUACUGUAGGAAAAAAUCAACCAUCAAAUGGAGUUGAAGCAGAUUCUCGUAUUUAUGUAGCUCGAGGUGAAGUAAAUGGACAUGUAAUACCAGGAAAAUUGCCUCUUAGAAUAGGUGCAGCUUUUAUACCUUGUGAUGGAAAAGAACAUGGACUUGGUAAAUUUGAAAUUUUAUGCAAUACAAACAUAUUUCCAAAUCAAUCAUUAUACAAUUGGAUUCCAGAAUCUGAUGGUAGAGUACCAGCUGGUGCUUUAUUGGCUGGUGCAACAACUGAUGGUUUACCAUUGUAUGUAGCUCGUGCUUCCAUAAACAAUGAGAUGUGUGUGGGAAAAGUAAACUCUGAAUAUAAAUGUGCACUUAUGCCUUGGGGAAAUGUUGAACAUCAACUCAUUGAGAGAAUGUGGCCUCAGUCUAGACGACGACAAGCGCAUUUGUCAUGGUUACCCGCUUACGCUAAACAAACCCCUCCACCACAUGCUGUUGCAGCUGAACCUAAUAUCUACGUUAUUCGUGGUCGAAUUAAUGAUGAUGUGAUACCUGGAAAAUGGCCCGUACAUCUUGGUAAAGGUUAUAUAUCAUAUGAUGGAAAAGAAAUUGAAUUGGAUAGUUUCGAAGUGUUGUGCAAUACACAAUUAAAGCCAACAGAACAUUUAUAUGGAUGGGUUUCACAUACUGGAGGCAAUGUACCAGACAAUGCAUUAUGUGCUGGUGAAACACAAUCAUCGGAACCUUUAUACAUAGCUCGUAGAGUAGUGAAUAAUGAGAUGUGUGUUGGUAAAGUCCAUCCAUCACAUGGUUGUGCAUAUUUUCCAUGGGGUGGUGAGGAACAUUCGGAGAACAGUUAUGAAGUGCUGUGUUUUCUAGAUUGA